AUGGACUUGCGGCUGCAGAAACCGGCCUUCUGGGCCCGGCUGCACCUGCGGAGCGGCCUACAGAGCUUGGACCUGCCCCGGGAGCUGGCCCUGGACGUCACCUGUGAUCAGCUGUCCCCAGUUGCCGAGGAGGCCCUCCAGACUGUGCAGCUCGAUCAGGCGGCCGGCGGCCCGGCCGAGGCCCCGCGCUCUUCCUCCGGGAGGGCUUGUGAGACUGCCGGGCAACCGCACCUGUGGAUGUGGGUGGACCCCAACCUCGUCUGCCCUAUUCCCGGACACGCCGCGGGGCUGCUGCUGCCGCCGCCUGGGCCUUGUCCACGUGCUGGUCCAGAGGCUCCCUCCUGUAGCCCAGCCCGCUUUGGAGAGGAUCUGUUCGCCGUGCCGAAGGCCGGCAGGGGAGAAGAGGAUCCUGGGAGUGCCACCAAAGCCAAACCCACAGUGCUCUUGAGAGAGGACUCCCAGAGAUGCCUCCCGGCAUGCCAGAACGUCAAGGUGUUCCGGUCCCGCAGCAGGAAGCUGAAACGGGCCCAGGGGGGAUGGCCUCGCCCCCCUCUCAAUUACUGCAUCCUGAUCAGCCUCGCCCUGAGCAGCAGCAUGGACAGCAGCCUGACUGUGCAGGAGAUCUACAAGUUCACCAGGCACCACUUCCCCUUCUUCCGCACGGCUCCAGAGGGCUGGAAAAACACUGUCCGGCACAACCUCUGCUUCAGCAGCAGCUUUGAGAAGACCACAGACUUUGUGUGCCUUGAAGGGAACCGCAAGUCCCGCCUGUGGAAGUUAACCAAGGAGGGCUGGCGGAAGUUCCGGGAGGAGGCCCAGGCGCUACCGGAGGAUACAAUGGGCUUGGUGCACCAGAGCAUGGAUAAGCCAGAACUAAUGAGAUCUCUCUUUGGCCUCUGAUCCUUGGCGUGGAAGUGCGGCAGAACCGGGCAUUUGACGGAGCUCCCAAGGAGGGUUUGACUUCUGCCUUCAGGAGGCUCCUGCUUCCUCCAAGGGGAGAGGAUGGAUUUUCAUGGGAGCCUUUGGGGGUGGGUGGGCACAUCCUGCCCGAGCUGCUCCGUGAAGCUCUGGGCGCAUCUGCUUGGUCCUUGGCUGACAAUGUGCAGAGCAGCGGGAGGGCUGCUUUGGGGGCAGGGACAGUGCUCCUGCCUCCCCAUGAGCUUCACCCCAACCAAGAACAAGAGGGUGGCUGCCGGUCAGCCUUUUCCCUGAAGGAAGGGAAGGAAAGGAGAUCCUUGCUCAUUUUUGUGUUGAAAUUUUUGUUGGAAGCAGUAAAGUCAAUUAUGGGGCUGACCUAGCACCUGUUUUUCCAUUCCUGAAUC